GCCACUGGGACGAGAGAAGACGCCCCUUCCUAACGGCCUUGCUUGCUUGCUUGCACUCUUGAGUUAAUCGCACGGUACAGUUGGCGCCGGUCCGGAGGGCUCCUAAGAAACGCGUCAGGGGUGAAGUCUCCCCAGCCAUGACCUCCACCGGCCAGGAUUCCACCACAACCAGACAGCGAAGGAGUAGGCACAAUCCCCAUUCCCCCCCCCACGACUCCAGCGUCACCUCGGUGAGGCCCCAGACCUCGAAGCGAGGUGUUAAAAAGGGUGCCGUACUCCGCUCCAGCCCCAAUCUAGCGGAGGUAAAGAAGAAAGGCAGAAUGAAGAAGCUUAGUCAAGCAGCCGAGCAAGACCUAGUCGUGGGGCUGCAAGGGCUGGAUCUGAACCGGGAGGCCAGGACACCGUCUGGCACUGGCUUGGUGUUCGAUGAGCAGCUAAAUGAAUUCCACUGCCUCUGGGAUGACAGCUUCCCUGAAGGCCCUGAGCGGCUCCAUGCCAUCAAGGAGCAGCUGAUCCAGGAGGGCCUCCUGGAUCGCUGUGUGUCCUUUCAGGCUCGAUUCGCCGAAAAGGAGGAGCUGAUGUUGGUUCACAGUCUAGAAUACAUUGAUCUGAUGGAGACGACCCAGUACAUGAAUGAGGGGGAACUGCGUGUCCUAGCAGAUACCUAUGACUCAGUUUAUCUGCAUCCGAACUCAUACACCUGUGCCUGCCUGGCCUCAGGCUCCGUCCUCAGGCUGGUGGAUGCAGUCCUGGGGGCUGAGAUCCGGAAUGGUAUGGCGAUAAUCAGGCCUCCUGGACACCACGCCCAGCACAGUCUUAUGGAUGGGUAUUGCAUGUUCAACCACGUGGCUGUGGCUGCCCGCUAUGCUCAACAGAAGCAUGACAUUCAGAGGGUCCUUAUCGUGGAUUGGGAUGUGCACCAUGGUCAAGGAACACAGUUCACCUUUGACCAAGACCCCAGCGUCCUCUAUUUCUCCAUCCACCGCUACGAGCAGGGUCGGUUCUGGCCCCACCUUACAGCCUCCAACUGGUCCACCACAGGUUUUGGCCAAGGCCAGGGAUACACCAUCAAUGUGCCUUGGAACCAGGUGGGGAUGCGAGAUGCCGACUACAUCGCCGCUUUCCUGCACGUCCUGCUGCCAGUUUCCCUUGAGUUCCAGCCCCAGCUGGUCCUGGUAGCUGCUGGAUUUGAUGCCCUCCAAGGGGACCCCAAGGGCGAGAUGGCCGCCACUCCGGCAGGGUUCGCCCAGCUAACCCACCUGCUCAUGGGUCUGGCAGGAGGCAAGCUGAUCCUCUCACUGGAGGGUGGCUACAACCUCCGCUCCCUGGCUGAGGGCGUCAGCGCCUCUCUCCACACCCUUCUGGGAGACCCUUGCCCCAUGCUGGAGUUCCCUGGCACCCCUUGCCCGAGUGCCCAGGCGUCGAUCUCCUGUGUUCUAGAAGCCCUUGAGCCCUUCUGGAAGGUCUUUGUGAGAUCAGCUGAGACCCUGGAGGAGGAGGACACUGUGGAGGGGGACAAUGUGGAGGAGAAGGAGGAGGAGGGACCGUGGCAGCCCCCUGAGCUCCCAAUCCUGACGUGGCCGGUGCUGCAGGCUCGCACAGGGCUGGUCUAUGACCAACAGAUGAUGGAUCACUACAACUUGUGGGACAACCACCACCCCGAGACGCCUCAGCGCAUCCAGCGUAUCAUGCACCGCCUGGAGGAGCUGGGUCUUGCCGGGCGCUGUCUCGCCCUGCCCGCACGUCCAGCCACGGACGCUGAGCUGCUCGCCUGCCACAGUGCUGAGCACGUGGAUCGUCUGCGGGCCACGGAGAAGAUGAAAAUCCGGGAGCUGCACCGCGAGGGCGCCAACUAUGACUCCAUCUACAUCUGCCCCAGCACCUUCACCUGUGCACAGCUGGCUGCUGGCGCCGCCUGCCGCCUGGUGGAGGCUGUGCUGGCGGGAGAGGUUUUGAAUGGCAUUGCUGUGGUGCGUCCCCCCGGCCACCAUGCAGAGCGGGAUGCCGCUUGCGGUUUCUGCUUUUUCAACUCUGUGGCUGUGGCUGCUCGCCAUGCCCAGGCCGUCAGUGGGCGUGCGCUGCGGAUCCUGAUCGUGGACUGGGACGUCCAUCAUGGUAAUGGAACUCAGCACAUAUUUGAGGAGGACCCCAGCGUGCUGUACAUUUCUCUGCACCGCUAUGAUCAUGGCACCUUCUUUCCUAUGGGGGACGAGGGUGCCAGCAGCCAGAUAGGUCAGGCUGCAGGCACGGGCUUCACCGUCAAUGUGGCCUGGAAUGGGCCCCGCUUGGGUGACGCCGACUACCUGGUUGCCUGGCAUCGUCUGGUGCUUCCCAUUGCCUAUGAGUUUAACCCGGAACUGGUGCUGGUCUCAGCUGGCUUCGAUGCUGCCCGGGGGGACCCACUGGGCAGCUGCCAGGUGUCGCCUGAGGGCUAUGCCCACCUCACCCACCUGCUGAUGGGCCUGGCCAAUGGCCGCAUUAUCCUUAUCCUAGAGGGUGGUUAUAACCUGACAUCCAUCUCGGAGUCCAUGGCCGCCUGCACCCACUCCCUCCUUGGGGACCCGCCACCCCUGCUGACCCUGCUGCGGCCCCCACUGUCAGGGGCCCUGGCCUCAAUCACCGAGACCAUCCAAGUCCAUCGCAGAUACUGGUGCAGCUUGUGGGUCACAAAGGUCAAAGAUAAAGAGGGACCCUCCAGUUCUAAGUUGAUCACCAAGAAGGCACCCCAGCUGGCCAGUCCUGGGUCAGCCAAGGGGAUGACCAUGCCAGAAGGGAACGUUCUGGAGGCAGGCACGGGGAAGGCCACCUCAGCAACCUCUGUGAAAGAGUCCACUCCACGCCAGACUACGUCAGAGACAGCUGUGAUGGAGCUCACUCGGGACCAGUCAUCAGAGACAGCCAUGGGAGGAGCUGCUGGGCUGAACCAGGCCACCUCAGAGGCAGCCACAGGGGAUGCCACGCUGGACCAGACCACCUCGGAGGAGGCUGAGCUGAUCCAAAGCCCUCCAGCCUCAUGCGCUGACAGUCAGACUCCUCCAGCGUCACCCAUGCAAGGAGCCACAACCCAGAUAUCCCCCAGUAAGCUGACUGGAAAUCUCAGGACCUUGGAACUAGACAAGGCACAGGAACCCCCAGAAGAGGAGGAGCUACUAGGAGAGGCAGCUGGAGGUCAGGACAUGAAUGAGUCAGUACUGAUGCAGGUCACUGGAGACCAUGCUGACACUGACCAAGCCAUGUUUUAUGCUGUAACGCCACUGCCCUGGUGUCCCCAUUUGGUGGCAGUAUGCCCCGUACCUGAAGCAGGCCUGGAUGUGACCCAACCUUGUCAGGACUGUGGAGCACUCCAGGAGAACUGGGUGUGUCUGUCUUGCUACCAGGUCUACUGCAGUCGUUACAUCAACGCCCAUAUGCUCCAACACCAUGAAGGCUUGGGACACCCGCUGGUACUCAGCUACGCCGACCUGUCUACCUGGUGUUACCACUGUCAAGCCUACGUUCACCACGAGGCUCUCCUAGCUGUGAAGAACAUCGCCCACCAGAACAAGUUUGGGGAGAACAUGCCCCACUCACACUAAAUCCCAGAGUGUGCUCCUCUUCUUCACCUUCUGAGACCCAAGAUAGACCAACCUUAGUUCAUUCCAAGCUAUACCUUUGAUGAGGGGUAGCCUCACUCCAUCCCAUCCUGAAGACCCUUUACAACUCGCCCAGGGUGCUGAUUUAAGUGUAUAUAUUUGUAAGAGGACUGUGAUGAUCAAUUAUAGAUCUCCCACUGCCUGCUCAAGGGACUCCAUCUACUCUGCCCCAGAAGGCAAGGGGAGCAGCUCAGUGACCCCAAGAGGGGGCUGAUAUAAAGAUGAUACUUUGGAGGGAAGGGGGAUCAACUGGCAGGUAUGGCGGGGUUGCAUAUGUAAUAAAGUACAAGC